AUGGCCUUUGUUUUUUAGGCUGAAAGAGAUCUUAAUCAAUCGACUACUUAAGUUCCAGCUAAUGUACUUAUGAAUCAUGAGGGAAUAGGUUGGCCCAGGUACAUAUACCUUGUUGAAAACUCAACCUGCCAGAUAAUAAGUUGUACCAUUCAAUACUCAAACUCUUCGUUGUAAACCAAUAAAAUAAAACUCUCUUCCAGGACCAGGGAGUUAUAAUAUCAAUUUUGUUAAUGCAGGGUAUAUAUAUUGUUCAAAAUAUCUUAUAGUUAAAAGGUUGUUCUACAAUCCACCUAAUCAGAUGUGCAAAUAUUAGAGAUGCCAAAGCAGCAUUCAGUAUUUGCAUCAAAGUGCAGAAGGUUUCAAGAGGGCUCUAAAAAUGAGAAUCCAGGGUAAAUAUAAAUAAAUUCUAAUUCAGUCCUGGAUCUUAUGAACCUGAAAUGAUUCAAUAACAACGUUAUUAGAUGGCUACUCAAGAGAAUUUAGUAGAAUAAUUAAUGAAGUUAAAUAAAUACAAAUCAAUUCCUUCUAUACCAAGCAAUUCUCAAAUACAUGGUUAUACUGAUAAUGGAAGUAAUAAUCUAAAUUAAAACAAUAAGCUUUGGAAUUAAAUAAAAGUCCUGAAGAAAUAUUAACAGGAUUAAAAAAUGAUUCAGUUGGUCCAGGACAAUAUGACUUAAAGGACUUGUUUGAAUAAAACAAAAAUAGAGGAUUUAAUUGGCAUAAAUCAAAAUAACCAAAAUUAGCUCCUGUUGUUUCAAAAGAAAAAUAGCAAUUAGUGGGUCCAGGCAAUUAUGAAAUACCGGAAGUUAAUUAACCUCUUUAUAAAUUAAUGCCUUCAGGUUCUUUUUAAUCAAAAACACAAAGAUUAUUUGAUAUGGAAAGAGGAUAGAAAGCUCGAAGUUUUAUGCGAUAUCAAUUUGAAAAAAAGAGAAAUCAAUUAAUAUCAAAUCCAUAAUUUGCUGAUCUUUAAGAUGAAGAAAUUGAAUAUAUAGAAGUAUAUAAAUAAUUAUUAAAUUAAUUUAGGAUGCCACUCCAGGUCCUGGAUAUUAUUAUAAAGAUUCCACAACUGCUUCAACCUAUUCCAAAUCAGCCACUAAAAUAGAUACAUAAUGUUUUGGUUCAAAAUAAAAAAGAUUUGAAGAUGAAUAAGUUUCAACCUCUAUAGGACCAGGAGAUUAUAGAGUAGAUGUUCCAUUAGCAAAUAAGAGUUUAUCUUAUAAAUAGCCACCAUUUAUGUCUUCUAAUAGUCGUUUUGAUGCUAAAUUGCAAGAAAAAAGACCAGGACCUUAGACUUAUAAUCCUAAAUAAACUGUAUAUACUAAUAUUUUAUAUUUAGCUAGAAUAUAAUUUGAUUAAGAGAUUGGAAAGAGCUCCAGUAGGAAAAUUUGGAUAUAAUUAACCUAGAUUUGAUGAUAAUUAAUUUUAAGUACCAUAGCCAGGACCUGGAUCAUACCAUUUUACAAGCAAAAGUCCUGAAAAAGGAGCAUAAUCAGUUUUUAAAUCUUCAACCAAAAGAACAGGUCCUGGAUCAUAGAGUAAAUCUGAAUUGCCUGCUCCUGGAUAAUAUGAUCCUAAAAAUUAUACAAUAGAGUAUAAGACUAAAAUGGAAGAGGAGGAAGAUCCUGCACUUAAAAUCUAAAAACCUCCUUUUAUGUCCUCAAUGCCAAGAUUUUAACAUAAAGAUGAAAAGAAGAUUGAGGAGCUAGAUGAAGAGGAAGAAAGCUUAAGAAAAAGUCCUUAAAAAGAACCAUAUAAAAUGCCUUUUUAAGUCAAGAAACAUGCACCUCCUUUCAAUAUAUAAGUAUUAUAAGCUUUUAUAUUUACAAUAGGAAAAGAGAUUUUAAUAUGAGAAUUCUAAAAAUUAAUCCCCAGGCCCAGGUGAAUAUCAUGAUGAAAAAAGGAACCCUUGGGAUAAGAAAACUUAUAAUAUACAAUUCUCUGAAAUUUGA